AUGGAUACAGAAAGCGUACUCCUCGUCCCUGCCAGGGUGUGUGUGUUUAUAUUUUGUCUUCACCGCCUACGCAGCAGCGCCGACAAGGGCAGCCGUGAGCAGCAGCGACAUCAGCAGCAGAGGUGCACGCAGAAGCAGAGCGUUGGCGGCAGUACCGUCCGCAGAAUUGGCCACAGUUUUCUGAGUGGCGCUGCUGUUGGUGGCGGCUUCAUGCGCCGAAGCCUGCGUGGCACCGGCAGUGGACUGCGCGGGGCUUGCCAAGUCGCUGCCGUGCCCAGUCGUCGUUGGAAUUUCCGUACCGCCUCG